AUGCCGGUCACCAACGGUAAGCGGUCGCGCGACGAUUCUGGCGCGCCGGUGGAUGAGGCGGCCACGCGCGACACGGCCCGGUACGCCUUAGAGGCUAAGGACGCCGCCGCAACGCCGCUGGACCGCGUUGUUGUUCUUAACGUCGGUGGCACGAAAAUAACUACGCUGCAGUCCACGCUGUGCUCUUCGCCAUCACUACUGGCACAGUGGGCAGAGAACAACUUCCAGGAGUUCCCACGUGACUUGCAAGGCCACCCGUUUCUCGACCGCGACCCGGAGAACUUUGUGCAUAUCCUCAACUACCUGCGUGGCUACGGGCUGCCGAACAAGGCCGACGACCUUGUCGUCGUGGCCGAGGAUGCAGAGCUGUAUCAGCUGGAGUCGCUGAAGCGCGAGAUCGGUCUUGACCCUCCGUCGAUGUGGCGCUUUACACCGGGCCCCGGCAUCCGCGACGACGGUGUGGAGUUCUCGACGUCGGACAUACUCGACUUGUGUGGUACGGAGCCACUUUCCACCGGCCUUGCCCACACAAUCGUCUUCCGCGUCGACAAGUGCGAGCUCGUCUCCAUCGGCGUCGUUGCCUUUAAGGAGAUUCAGCACGACAUGCAGAUUCGCCGUCAGAAAAACACUGUGUGCUACUGCAACACAGGGGAGUUGGUGCGCUACUGGUCCGCGGAUGCGCUCUAUGAGCAGGGCGUGUUGUACAAGAGCCAGGAUGAGAUCACUGUCCGUGUGGAGUUUGCCCAGCCUGGCGUGCCGCUGGAGCCACCGUCCGGUGCCAAGGCCAUGGAGCACCUGCCGCCGCCUCUGCAGCCUGCGCUGACUCUCUCGGCGACACCGUUGCCAGCGAGCGUCGCGAGCACUAGCGCGCUCAGCAGCAGCAGCGUGGUGCCAAGCCGACCUAUGCCGCUGGUGAUCGACGCGAGCGUGGCGAUGACGAACGCCAGCAGUGGCGCCGAGCCGCCGAUCACGUCCCCAGCUUUCCAGCCUGGAUCCUCAUCGAUGGACGUGGGCAACAACCGCCCUCUGCAACAGGGCAGCAGCCCCCCCAUGACAAUGCCCGCGAACCCGACCGCGCUGCCACCCCCGCAGACUCUGGGCGGCUCUGGAGGAGGCACGGCAGGCACGGCCACGGCGACCACACCCACCAGCGGCCCCUCAGCUGCCCCCGCGUCAGCUCCGGGAGUGGCACCGGCGUCGCCGUUGCUUCCCUUUGCUCCUGUUGUCCUCGACCCUGAAGACCCAGACGCGACUGUCGGCGCCAUCGUGACAUUUUUCAAAGGCGAUCGCGAGGUGUGCCGCGCGCGUUGGCCCGCCCCUGUGCCCCCGCUGCAGUUUGCGGUGAGCAUGCAAGGCGCCUCUGCUGUGUCGAUCCUCAAGACAACCUCUGUCAGCGCCGAUGCUGUCGGGAUGGAGAGCGAGGACUAG